UCCCACACUCCGCUUCUGCUAUUAAGCAGCCUUCCAUCACCAAACCCUCGCCUUCUCUCUCCACUGUGUCGAUUUCUUUAAUCCUCGUUUCCUUUGCGGCCCCUCUCUCUCUCUCUUUCUUCGUCGUUGUGGGGAAGGUCUCCGGACGUCAAGCGAGUGAAAAAACAGAGGCAUCAUGCCUAGGCGCCGAAAGACUGAAGCUCCUGGUUCGUCGAGUGGUGAAGGGUCGGACUCUCAAUCCCAUCGUGGCCCCCAAGAAGGCCGAUCUGCAGCACCUCCGGUUGAGCGCCCCAUUCCUCAUCAGCCAGGAUCAUAUCAAGGAAGGGGUUGGGCUCCACAGCCAGUCUAUGCACCUCGUGGGGCACCUCGAGGUCCAGCUCCUCCUUAUUCUGGCCAACCAUCACACCAACCUGGAGGAGCACAUCCGCAGUCUGGUGGCAGACGUCGUGGAGGCGGUGGAGGUGGCCAACGUGGUCCGCCCCAGUCUCCUGGCAUGUCUGGUUCUGUCGGCCGGUCGACGUCGGUGAAUCCCGAUCUGCGCCAAGCUGUCCAACAGUAUGGUACCAGCUCUUCGACUGCUCAGUUCAUGCAGGCUGCUGGGUCGCAUGGACCUGGUUCCUCUUCUGCUGCAUCCAGACUGUCUGAAGAACUGCCUUUGCGUGAAGAAUUACAGCAGCUUGCACUAUCACCACCUGAAGUUCCUUCUGAGCAGGCUCCCCCACCUUCUUCAAGCAAAGCAAUGCGAUUCCCCCUACGUCCUGGGAAAGGCCAGACUGGAAUCCAGUGUAUUGUGAAAGCUAAUCACUUCUUUGCUGAGCUUCCAGAUAAGGACCUUCAUCAAUACGAUGUCUCAAUCACACCAGAAGUUACAUCAAGGGGUGUGAACAGGGCUGUAAUGGAACAGCUAGUUAAGUUACACAGAGAAUCUCAUCUGGGGAAGAGGCUGCCAGCAUAUGAUGGUCGGAAGAGUUUGUAUACGGCUGGGCCGCUUCCUUUUACAUCAAAAGAGUUUGUGAUUAAUUUGAUAGAUGAAGAAGAUGGGAUGGGUGCUCCACGAAGGGAGAGGCAGUUCAAGGUUGUGAUCAAGUUUGCUGCACGUGCUGAUCUGCAUCAUCUGGGUCUUUUUUUGGCUGGCAAGCAGGCUGAUGCUCCUCAAGAAGCCCUUCAGGUUCUGGACAUUGUCCUGCGUGAACUACCAACCAACCGGUAUUCUCCUGUUGGGAGGUCAUUUUAUUCACCUGAUUUAGGGCGGAGGCAGCCGCUCGGUGAGGGACUGGAAAGUUGGAGAGGUUUUUAUCAGAGCAUCAGGCCUACCCAGAUGGGCCUUUCUCUUAACAUUGAUAUGUCCUCAACUGCCUUCAUUGAGCCGUUGCCUGUAAUUGAUUUUGUCACUCAGUUGCUGAACAGGGAUGUACUGUCGAGGCCUUUGUCCGAUGCUGAUCGAGUAAAAAUCAAGAAGGCUCUAAGGGGUGUUAAAGUUGAGGUAACUCAUCGAGGCAACAUGCGUAGAAAAUACCGGAUUUCUGGUUUAACUUCACAGCCCACAAGGGAGUUGACGUUCCCGGUAGAUGAUAGAGGUACUACGAAGUCUGUUGUCCAGUAUUUCCAGGAGACAUAUGGUUUUACCAUCCAACAUACAAAUUGGCCUUGUCUGCAAGUUGGGAACCAACAGAGACCAAAUUAUUUACCUAUGGAGGUCUGCAAAAUUGUGGAGGGUCAGAGAUAUUCAAAGAGGUUGAAUGAGCGGCAAAUUACUGCUUUGCUUAAAGUUACUUGCCAAAGGCCACAGGACCGUGAACAUGAUAUUCUCCGAACUGUGAGCCAUAAUGCUUACCAUGACGAUCCUUAUGCUAAGGAGUUUGGUAUCAAGAUCGAUGCAAAGCUUGCUUCCGUUGAAGCUCGAAUUCUUCCUGCGCCAUGGCUCAAAUAUCACGACACAGGCAGGGAAAAAAAUUGUUUGCCACAUGUUGGCCAGUGGAAUAUGAUGAAUAAGAAAAUGGUCAAUGGGGGAACUGUGAACCACUGGACAUGCAUAAAUUUUUCUCGGAAUGUGCAAGAUGGUGUUGCAAGAGGCUUUUGUCAAGAGCUAGCCCAGAUGUGCCACAUUUCUGGAAUGACUUUCAAUCCAGAUCCUAUUCUUCCUGUUUACUCAACACGUCCAGAUCAAGUAGAGAAGGCUCUGAAGUCACGGUACCAGGAAGCUGCCAAUAUCCUUCGAGGCAGAGAACUGGACUUACUGAUUGUAAUUUUGCCUGAUAAUAAUGGUUCCUUAUACGGGGAUCUCAAGCGGAUAUGUGAGACAGAUCUUGGUUUGGUGUCCCAAUGCUGUUUGACAAAGCAUGUAUUCAAGAUGAGUAAGCAGUAUCUUGCAAAUGUGGCCCUUAAGAUUAAUGUCAAGGUUGGAGGCCGAAACACUGUUCUGGUCGAUGCAUUAUCAAGGCGCAUCCCACUAGUCAGUGAUAGACCCACAAUAAUUUUUGGUGCUGAUGUAACUCAUCCUCACCCUGGGGAAGAUUCAAGCCCCUCUAUAGCAGCCGUUGUGGCUUCACAAGAUUGGCCGGAGAUCACAAAAUAUGCUGGUCUAGUAUGUGCUCAAGCACAUCGGCAGGAGCUAAUACAGGACCUUUUUAAAGUGUGGAAUGAUCCUCAACGUGGGACUGUUACUGGGGGAAUGAUAAAGGAGCUUCUCAUUUCUUUCAGAAGGGCAACUGGACAGAAGCCCCAGCAGAUCAUAUUCUAUAGGGAUGGUGUUAGUGAAGGCCAAUUCUAUCAGGUGUUAUUGCAUGAAUUGGAUGCUAUUCGGAAGGCUUGUGCCUCACUUGAGCCAAAUUACCAGCCUCCUGUUACAUUUGUUGUUGUUCAGAAGCGUCAUCAUACGAGGCUGUUUGCCAACAAUCAUAAUGAUACGAGGUCAACCGACAGAAGUGGAAAUAUACUACCUGGAACCGUUGUGGACUCAAAGAUAUGCCAUCCCACUGAAUUUGACUUUUACCUCUGUAGUCAUGCUGGCAUCCAGGGUACUAGUCGUCCUGCCCACUACCAUGUGCUGUGGGACGAGAACAAAUUCACCGCAGAUGGACUCCAAACACUCACCAAUAAUCUCUGUUACACCUAUGCCCGGUGCACUCGCUCUGUUUCAAUAGUGCCUCCUGCAUACUAUGCCCAUCUUGCUGCGUUCAGGGCGCGCUUCUACAUGGAACCAGAAACAUCCGACAGUGGCUCGUUGUCUAGCGGGAUGCCAGGGAGGGCAGGUGCAGGGGCCCCUGGUGGCACUGGCUCACGGGGCAGCACUCGUGUACCUGCAGGGUCCACCGUGAGACCUUUGCCUGCCUUGAAGGAGAAUGUGAAGAGGGUGAUGUUCUAUUGCUGAUCCUCUUUUGCUAGUUCUCCCAAAACAACAUUUUGGUGGCAUAGCUGCACACAGUGACCUCUUAUUUUCUUCGUACAGACAUGCUCAGCAUUUUAUUUUGGUACUCUGUUUGCCGUGAGCGGGUUUGGUAUUAACAGCCAUUUGAAAUACUUUCGUUAUGGUGUCUUCUUUGGUCCUCCAUGAUUUGUACUUUUCAUGGGUAUGAUAUAGCUCUAUCUCUUAUGAACAGCAUCAGUUUUUUUGCUUUUCCAA